GCUGUCGCUUCCGCGUUCCCACAGCGAGUUCUUUCUUCUUCUCCGCGACCAAGAGCUUGUUCCCGACGAAGGAGAGGAGAAUGCCGAAGCUCUACGCGGAGGCGGCGCCACCACCGGUCUUGAACCGGAACACUGAGUGGGUGAUGUACCCGGGCGUCUGGACGGCUUACGUGCUCCUCAUAUUCUUCGCCUGGAUCGCCAUCCUCUCCCUCCUCCGCUGCUCGCCCGGUGUCGCCUGGACCGUCGUUAAUCUCACCCACUUCUUCGUGACGUAUCAUUGUUUUCACUGGAGGAAAGGAACUCCAUUUGCUGAAGACCAGGGUAUUUACAAUGGUUUAACUUGGUGGGAGCAGAUGGACAAUGGCAAGCAGCUUACCAAUAAUAGAAAGUUUUUGGCUACUGUACCGGUGAUCCUGUACCUGAUUGCCUUGCACACGACGGACUACCAGCAUCCGAUGCUCUUCCUCAAUACUCUUGCUGUGUUUGUGCUGGUGGUUACCAAGUUCCCUAACAUGCACAAAGUCCGUAUCUUUGGAAUUAAUGGAGAUCACUGAUCCAUGUCCUAAGAAUAGGGUGUGUGAUUAUUUUUUUCAUGAGCCUCCCAUCAUUGUGGAUGGCUGUCCUUGUCUUGGGACCAUGCAGUAAAAAUUUCCAGGUUUUGAUUUUUUGCUCCCAGUGUUGCAAUUGUUCUGUCAUCGCGGAUAUUAAGUUAAAACAAAUACCAAAAAUAUGCAUACCAAAUUGAUCCAGCAUUAGUAUAAAGUUUGCCUUUUGUACCUUUGGCAUUUUUGCUCAAGGGAUGUUGUUCAGCAAAUAUAUUUAUUUGCUGCUUGUGUAUCAUUUAAGACAUUAAUUUUCACA